AUGCCACCAGAGCUUGAACGUAAUGAUAUUGAAGCAAUCGCGGAGCAAAAGCUACCAACAGAGAUUGACGAAGGCACUGCAGCGUCAUCAUCCGAGCCAGUGUUCUCAAUUUACAGCGUCAAUGAAAAACGAUUCCUCGUCUUCCUUGCGGGGUUAGCUGCAUUGUUCUCUCCUCUUUCAGCAAACAUCUACUAUUCCGCUGUCAAUACUCUAGCUUCAGACUUCGAUACCAGUCUCGGCAAUAUUAAUCUGACAAUCACAACAUACCUCAUAUUCCAAGGAGCAGCACCAACUUUUGUCGGGAGUCUUUCCGAUAGCUAUGGUCGACGUCCUUUAUACUUGGCUUGUUUUGUCAUCUAUAUGAUUGCCAACAUCGGUCUAGCAACUCAGGAUACAUACGCUGGACUGCUCAUUCUCCGUAUGCUGCAGUCCACGGGAAGCAGCGGGACAGUCGCUUUAGCAAGUGCACUUGUUUCCGAUUUGGUGACGUCCGCACAGCGAGGAAGCUACAUCAGUUAUGUGACUAUGACGGCCAUGGUUGGCCCUUCGUUUGGACCUGUUAUUGGAGGUCUGCUGGACAAGUAUCUUGGCUGGCGUGCAAUCUUCUGGUUUCUUACAAUCUUCGCCGGCGCCACUUUUAUACUCAUUUUCGUUGUUUUGCCGGAGACUUGCCGUCGGGUGGUGGGUAAUGGCUCUAUCCCAGCGCCUCUGUGGAAUACUUCAUUGCUCAGUUAUUUGCGCUUGAGGAAACAAAGGAAAGCAGGUAUUCAACCAACUUCCGUUCAAGGAAUUGCCUUCACCAAACGUGCAAGUCCGAUUCAGUCACUAUAUAUCUUAUUUGAUAAAGAGUCCGGAAUCGUGCUCCUGUACGGCGCCUUCUUCUUCUGCGGCUUUUACAUGGUGCAGACUGGACUUCCCGGGCAGCUUCAAGACCACUAUGGUUACAAUUCCCUGCAUAUCGGUCUCUGCUACAUUCCAUCCGGCUUGGGUAGCAUGACCGCCGCAUUCGUAAUGGGACGAUUCCUAGACUUCAAUUUCAAGCGCCACGCAAAGCGUCUGGGCUUCGAGUUCUCCAACACCCGACAACAAGAUCUGCGAAACUUCCCCAUCGAACGCGCGCGUCUCGAAGUAGUGUUCCCCCUCGCCUUCGCCGCGGGCUCGACGGUCAUUGCUUUAGGCUGGUGUAUGGAGAAACACGUCUUCAUUGCAGCGCCUCUAGUAUUCAUGUUCCUCUCUACCUUCUUCAUGUCGUGUACGUCUUCGGGGCUACAGACGAUGAUUGUGGAUCUGAAUCGGGAUAGUCCUUCUAGUGCUACUGCGGCGAUGAAUCUGGCGCGGUGCUGGUUGGGCGCUGCGGGUGCUGCGGCUGUGGUGCCGCUGCUUGGUGCUAUUGGGUUUGGAUGGGUGGCUGUUUUUGUGGCGGGGAUUUGGGCGUUGAUGAGUCCGGUUGUGCUUUGUGUUAUUAGGUGGGGUCCGGGGUGGAGAGAGGAGAAGAGGGUUAAGGCGGAAGAAAAGGAGGCGCAGGCCUCGACUGCUAUAUAA